ACACUGACUACUCAUGGGCUCUUGUCGAGACAACUUGCCGCAGCCCUGCAAGCAUGAACGGGCCACAACACUUCCCGUCUGUCGGUGAGUGACCACAGUAGAGCACCAAGCACACGAAUAGGACAAGAGAGGAGCUCCUCAUGACGGUUUUUUCGCUUCUGCCAGACGAUUCGCAUUACGAGGUACUGGAGUCGAUUCCAUACAACGAACUGCCCGACUGGUGGGCCACACACAGGCGGAGAGGCCGCGGCGUCACUCUUUGUUGAGUGGUGGUUUCUCUUGCCCCUCUAUGUGGCAUGCAGGAUACCCACGUGUUCCAUCAACCACUGUGUAGGGAGCAGAAGAGCAGGGCAAUGAAUGGGGUCAACAGCCCCUCUCUUUUCGCGUUGUGUUGUGGUGUGUGUGCCUGAUCAGAUUCCCAAGACGCCCGUGAUCACUCCACGUAAGUCAAUCUCUGCCAAGCCACACGCAUGUCAGAUGUGUGUGCGCAUGCGCACGUGCUUGGUUUCUCUUCUACAGGGGGCCGCGUGUACGACUACUCCGCCAUAUUUGCAUACCUGUGCCACUACGGCCAGUCGCCGGUGAGUGAACAGAGAACCGACAGAAAAGACCCCGCCCCACCUUGUUUGUCUCCUCUUUGCUCUGCAGGUGAGCAGGCGGCGCACCAACCCAGCAGAUCUGUUUCCGGACCGCACCUGCAUCGCGGUGCUCGAGGGCUACGCGCAGGAGGUCAAGAUGAAGCGCGAGGCCGAGAGCAAGGGCGACAAGCCGCCACUGCCACGCAAGCGGCGGAAACGCAUCAUCUACUACGACAGGUUCCUGCGCGACGGGCCGUUCCGGGACUUCAUUGUCUGGGACGUGUGCCUGGCUGCGGCGUUUGGGCUGGGUGUGCUGCUGGGCAGCGGGGUCAUCCAGAGAUGGAUUGGCAAGCGGCUGGGCGGCGUGAGCCGCCACACAAGCCAGUGAAUAAUAGGCAAGUCAGUAUGUGAGGGAGUGAGUGACAGUGUAGCUGGGUAGAUGGAUGCAUGGAUGGAUGGAUGGAUGGGUAGGCCGCCAAGGCGUGCGAGAGUGACUGAAGGUCGGUUUUUCGGUUUGUCUAGUUCUUGGAUGGUUCUUGCGCCCCCUCCCCUCCCCCUCUCUUUCCGCCUUCCUUCCUGCCUACCUGCAGUGGUGCAUCUGAGAGGAGUUGGCACGCCUGUGUGUGGGAGAGGCGGGUGCAGUGGCUGGCGGUGACGCUCGCAGUGAAACACAUGUACAGACAGGAUGAUUAAGUACUUACUUAGUCAACUGAUGGCAAGACA